AAUUUUUGCCCCAAUUGACACUCAAAAAACAUUGACUAGGGCCUAGGCUAAACAAACAUCUUCGAUUUCCAAAUUUCAAUUCUUUCUUUCUCUCCGUUCUCCAAUCUUGACACCAUCAAUACACUCCCAAACCUAUACACACACACUCAAUCCAUAAAUACACGCAUACAUAUAUACAUACAUACGGUGACAUCAAAAUGGCGUGGCUGAGGUCAGCGAUGAACAAAGCAGUGGAGGUGGGCAACAAGAGUAAUCUAACGCGUGCCGUCAAGAAUUACACUGAUUCCGUUGUUCAUCAGGCUGGUCAAGCUGUUGCUGAACUUCUUCAGGACCGUAUCGGAGGACGGAGUUUUAAAAGUUUUAAGCAGACAGUUGCCAGAUUGGAAGAAGCUUCUGUUUCUUGUGAGGGCCCAGAGAGGACUCUUCUGAUAAAAAGGUGGUUGAUGGCUCUUAAAGAAAUCGAGGAAUAUAAAGAAAGGAAUUUCGAGCAGCAGCCUUCUUCUGAAGAACCAAAUGAAAAUCUAAAAAAACCCUCCAUAGUUUUAUAUUAUGAUUAUGACAUGGGUGGUGAGCCACUGAACUUUCGUGAUGUUUUUCUCUACAGUCAAGCUUUGGAGGGCAUCACAAUAUCGAUGAUUAUUGAAGCACCAAAUGAGGAAGAGGUUUCUCUACUCCUACUGCUGUUCGGAUUUUGUCUUACUGGGGGUAAAGAAUUUCAUCAUGCAAUUGUGAGCAGUAUUCAGGAUUUGUCAAAAGCUUUUGCUAGCUACAAAGAUGAAGUCCUGGUCAAGCGAGAGGAACUUCUUCAGUUUGCACAAAGCGCUAUAUCAGGACUGAAAUUAAAUGCGGAGAUUGAAAGGAUAGAUGAUGAAGCUUCUUUGCUGAAGAAAAAGCUUGAUGAAAUAGUGGCAAGAGCAGAGGCUAAAGGUGAAGGCCAUGGAACAGCCCCCGAAGAAACAACUGUUUCCACAAUGGAGGAUCUAAAAGAAGCUCUUGCCCAUAUACGAAUUUGCUCUAGAUUAGAAGGGCUUUUACUGAAGAAGAAAUCUCUUGGCAAUGGCGACUCCCUUGAGGUUCAUACACAGAAGGUUGAUAAGUUAAAAGUCUUGUCUGAAUCUCUUGCUAGCUCCACAGCAAAAGCUGAGAAGGGCAUCUCAGAAAAAAGAGUGCACAAAGAAGAGGCAUUAAAAUUUCGCGUUAUAAAGACAAGUGAAGUGGAUGAAAUAGAAAAGGAAAUAACUGCUGAAGUUGCUGAUCUUGAGAAGCAGAGAGAUGAACUCGAAGCUGCAUUGAAGAAGGUCAACAUCUCACUAGCAGCUGCUAAUGCACGCCUGCACAAUGUAAGGGAAGAAAGGGACCAAUUUUAUGAGGCUAAUGAUCAAAUUGUUGCACACUUGAAGACAAAGGCAUAUGAGUUGUCAAGAUCCCUGGGAACAUGCACACGAGAAGCAGAUGUUCUUCAUACUUGGAUGAACUUCUUGGGAGAUACUUGGGCUUUGCAAUCGUCAACCACAGAGACCAAGGAAAAGGAAAUUAGCGCUGAACUGGAGAGACACGAGAGUUAUUUUGUGAACUUGGUCAUCCAACUCCUUUCAGCAUACGAGAACGGUUUGAAGCCUUCAAUUGACCGUUUUAAGACAUAUGCUGAGAAUUUGAAGAGUUUAGAUGAAGGGUCAACAGAUCCAUCUGUUGUGGAUUCCAAAGAACUACAUCCAAGGAAAAAUCUUGAGGAGGAUUAUCUAGAUUAUGACACAAAGAUCACGACGACUUUCAGUGUUGUGGAUAAAAUUAAAGAGCAUUUCUACUCAGAACAAGGAGUACAGUCCAGCAAAGAAGAUACAAGGGCUAAAGAACUCUUUGGUAAUAUAGAAAAGUUAAGAGUUGAAUUUGAAGGGAUUGAGAGGCCAAGUUUAGAGUUGGAAACUUCUGACUACGAGGCUGACAUUCCUGCCAAUAAGGAAGAAUCUGAGGAAGAAUCCCCAUCUGGUGAGAAUCUGGAAGACAAUUAUUUAAAGACACCAGAGACUACAAAGCCACCCGAAACUAAAACAGUUGUGCACCCGGAUUCCCCUUCACCCAAGUCAAAGCAAGUUUUAGCUCCUGAGGCAGAAUUUGAAAGUUUAGCGUCUGAAUUUGGAAAGGGUGAUCAGGAUUACUCUGCUGAGGAAAUCGGUGGCUGGGAAUUUGACGAGCUUGAAAAGGAACUGAUUGAUGAAACCACAAGUAAAAAAUAAAUCAAGAAACAGAAUAUUUAUCAUUGACAUAUUUUCUAACUUCUGCAGACCGAGUACUAUUUAAGAAAGGCGAUGGCACAUGGUGCAGAAACUCUUUUCUUUGUAACAUUUUACAUGUUCUGUGCAUUAUUCAGAUAACAUCAUGAUGUACAUUCUUGAAGCUUGUAUGACUCGGUAUGGAACUAAAACAACUUGUGAAAUAAAGAAUAUUAGUCUUAA